AUGCGAGAGUUUGCUCGAGGAGAUGUCGUUACUAUUUCAAUGCUCAGUAAUGGACAAGUGAUUGGGCCUGUGGCGGUUGGUACCGCACUAAUGUCAUCGCAAGACAUGAUAGCAAACAAGUUUACCGGAAGAGGAGUCCAGCCGCUGCAUAUUUACAGGGAUUUCCUAUGGGAGUUUGGAUCACGUGUAACUCCAUCACCACUGGAUUUGAAGUCCCUUUAUAAAGUCGAGGAACCCCCUGAAACAUCACCGGGAGAGGAUUUCCCACCUUUAACUGCUCUAUCCGUCUCCGAUCAGAAUGGCGAUGUUGUAGUCACUGAAGCACAAGGCAAGAAGUGGCACAUCAAGCCGACGAAGUACUUUCUUGUAGAUGAAAAUUCUGUUCAAACAGCUGCUGCAGAAGAUAAUGAUGAUGACGUGGAAGAGGAAUCCAUGGAUCAACUACUGUAUCGCUGUUUCCUAGCUGCGCUCAAGUACCGGUUAGACCAACUGCCUAUAGACGUUGGGCAGUUUUACGCGACUUGUUUGCUCAAAUGCGUCCCAAAUGGGAAACGAUUGGAGAUGAAAAGGACAAAAUAUAAGAAAUUCAGCGUAUUUCUCGAAGAGGUUAACAAAAGCGAAGAUGGCCCAGUUGUGAAGAUCCGAAAAGAGGGAAAAGGAUGCGAUAUGAUUGAAGAGGUUUUCAAAAAUCACCCGGCGCUACGAUCGUUUGCAGUCACGGAUGAGGUUACAAAAGACGAAGAUGGUGAACCAACGAUGUUAGGUCCCAAA